GCGCAUGCGCAUUGACCUGUUUGUGGCAGAAGGAAGAUGGCAGCCUCCUGAGUGAGACCGCAGAGCUGGUGCCAAGAUUAGGAGAAACAAACAAAAAAACAAUAAUAAAUACAAAUCGGUAAUACACAUUGGAGGGGGACAAAAACAAAGAAGCAAAUCCCGACUGAGAACAGCAUUCCAGGUCUCACUGGAAGAUGAAUAUCCUCAAAGACAAUAAAAACUUAGCCUGUUUCUACACCACAAAGCAUUCCUGGAGGGGAAAGUAUAAAAGAGUCUUUUCUGUUGGCACCCAUGGAAUAUCCACCUACAAUCCUACCACUCUUGAAAUUACCAAUCAGUGGCCUUAUGGGGACAUCUGUGGUAUCACCCCAGUUGGGAAGGGACAAGGCACUGAGUUUAACCUCACUUUCCGAAAGGGUAGUGGAAAGAAAUCGGAAACGUUGAAGUUUUCAACUGAACACAGGACAGAACUGCUUACAGAGGCAUUGAGAUUUCGAACUGACUUUUCUGAGGGUAAAAUAACUGGAAGGCGAUACAAUUGUUACAAACAUCACUGGAGUGACACUCGUAAGUCUGUGGUGCUGGAAGUGACGCCUGGAGGAAUAGACCAGAUCGACCCCUCAACCAACAGAAUCAACUGUUCCUAUGACUACAGAAACAUUGAAGGCUUUGCAGAGGUCUCAGACUAUCAGGGGGGGUUCUGUAUACUAUAUGGAGGCUUCAGUAGAUUGCACUUAUUUGCAUCCGAGCAAAGGGAUGACAUCAUCAAAAGUGCUAUCGAGCACGCAGGCAACUACAUAGGCAUCACACUGCGUACCCGGAAGGACCCCAUAGAGUUUGAACAGUAUGUGAUCCACAGACUGGGCAAAUACAGCACAGAUGAUUCAAUCACCUCGCUAGCAGAAUUUGUUGUGCAAAAACUUUCAUCAAGACAUUCGGAGCCUGUGAAAAGAAUAUUGGCACUUACAGAAACAUGUUUAGUGGAACGUGAUCCAGCCUCCUAUAACAUAGUAACGCUGAAACCGUUUGAAGAAAUAUUUUCUUUAGUAUGCGAUGUAGCAAAUCCCCAGCUUUUCACUGUUGAAUUUAUCAGGGGGCAGAUCCAAAAUUAUUCAUCAACAGAAAGAGAUUCCUUGAUGGCCAGUCUGCUGGAUGGAGUAAGGGCAUCCGGGAACAGGGAUGUAUGUGUGAAAAUGGCCCCAACACACAAGGGACAAAGGUGGGGUUUACUCAGCACGCCAGUGGAUGAAGAGGUGGAGAGCCUUCAUCUUAAAUUUCUUGCUGCUCCCCCAAAUGGCAACUUUGCAGAUGCUGUUUUCAGGUUCAACGCUAAUGUUUCAUAUAGUGGAGUGCUGCAUGCGGUUACUCAAGACGGCCUGUUCUCGGAGAACAAGGAGAAGCUGAUUAACAAUGCUAUCACAGCACUGUUGUCACAGGAAGGAGACCUGACUGUGCAUAAUGCAGAGUUAGAGAGCCAGUUCCAAGCUGUGAGAAGACUGGUUGCCUCUAAAGCAGGAUUCCAGGCCUUCACACAACUCCCAAAAUUCCGAGAAAGGCUUGGAGUGAAGACAGUCAAGGCUUUAAAAAGAAACAACGAUGGCGUUACACAUGCUGCUAUAGAUAUGCUUUGUGCCCUUAUGUGUCCCAUGCAUGAUGAUUACGAUUUGAGACAAGAACAGCUGAACAAAGCCUCACUUUUGUCUUCUAAGAAGUUUUUAGAAAAUUUACUGGAAAAAUUUAACAUCCAUGUGGAUCAUGGCACAGGUGCCCUUGUUAUUAGCUCCCUUUUGGAUUUCCUCACCUUUGCCCUCUGCGCUCCAUAUAGCGAGACUACAGAAGGGCAGCAGUUUGACAUGUUACUGGAAAUGGUGGCAUCAAAUGGAAGGACCCUCUUUAAACUUUUCCAGCACCCUUCCAUGGCUAUAGUAAAAGGAGCCGGUCUAGUAAUGAAAGCUAUAAUUGAGGAAGGUGAUAAGGAGUUAGCUUCAAAAAUGCAAGAUUUUGCCCUUAGUGAAGGUGCCUUACCUUGUCAUCUGCACACGUCAAUGUUUACAAUAAGUUCAGAUCAGAGGAUGCUAACGAACAGGCAGCUAAGUAGGCAUUUGGUGGGCCUGUGGACAGCAGAACACCCAACAGCUUUGAAUUUACUCCAGCGUAUAUUGCCGACAGGUCUGCUGGCAUACCUGGACAGCUCUGACCCAGUACCUGAAAAGGAUGUUGACAGGAUGCAUGUCAGGGACAAUGUGAAAAUUGCAGCAGAUCAAUAUGGAAGAUUUAAUAAAGUUCCAGAGUGGCAAAGACUAGCAGGAAAGGCUGCCAAGGAAGUUGAAAAAUUUGCCAAAGAAAAGGUUGAUUUGGUUCUUUUGCACUGGAGGGACAGAAUGGGAAUUGCGCAAAAGGAACAGGACAGAAAUAACAUGAAUACCAACCAAAAACCAGUCAUAUUAAGAAAAAGAAGACAGAGAAUCAAAAUAGAAGUCAACUGGGAACUCUUUUACUACAUGUUCCAGGUUGAUCAUGCAAGGUCAAACUUGAUUUGGAACCACAAAACAAGGGAAGAAUUACGAGAUGCCCUUGAAGGAGAAAUGCGGGCUUUUAACAUCGACCGAGAGCUGGGCAGUGCAAGUGUCAUCUCAUGGAACCAUCAGGAGUUUGAAGUUAAAUAUGAGUGCCUUUCAGAUGAAAUCAAAAUUGGAGAUUAUUACCUGCGGCUGCUUUUAGAGGAAGACGAGGGUGAAGAAACAAGAGCUAUCAAAAGAUCGUACGAAUUCUUCAAUGAACUCUAUCAUCGUUUCCUACUUACGCCAAAAGUGAACAUGAAGUGCUUAUGUUUGCAAGCACUGGCCAUUGUUUAUGGAAAAUGCUAUGAGGAAAUCGGACCCUUCACUGAUACAAAAUAUAUAGUUGGAAUGCUGGAUAGGUGUACUGACAGACUAGAGAGAGACAGACUUAUCCUAUUCCUAAACAAACUCAUUCUGAACAAGAAAAAUGUGAAGGAAGUCAUGGAUUCCAAUGGUGUACGAAUUCUUGUAGAUUUACUUGCACUGGCUCAUCUUCACACAAGCAGGGCUACAGUGCCACUGCAGAGUAAUGUUAUUGAAGCUUCGCCAGAUAUGAAGAGGGAAAGUGAGAAGGAGUGGUACUUUGGAAAUGCAGAUAAAGAAAGAAGAGGCCCAUUUAGCUUUGAAGAGAUGCAGGAAUUCUGGAAAACCAAUGUUCUGACUCCAAAGACGCGAUGCUGGGCACAGGGCAUGGAUGGCUGGCGCCCGUUACAGGCUAUCCCCCAGCUAAAGUGGUGCCUCCUGGCUGCGGGACAAGCUGUGCUGAAUGAGACAGACCUGGCCACUCUGAUUCUCAACAUGCUUAUCACUAUGUGUUCUUAUUUCCCCAGCAGGGAUCAAGAGAACGCAAUCAUCAGACCUCUUCCACGGGCUAAAAGGCUUCUUACUGACAGCACUUGUCUUCCUCAUAUUGUUCAGCUUUUGCUUACUUUUGACCCAAUCCUGGUUGAAAAAGUUGCCACUGUAUUGCAUCACAUCAUGCAAGAUAACCCCCAAUUACCUCGCAUGUACCUCACUGGGGUCUUCUUCUUCAUCAUGAUGUACACAGGCUCCAAUGUGCUCCCUGUAGCAAGGUUCCUGAAGUAUGCUCACCUGAAGCAGGCCUUCAAGUCUGAAGAGGCAAAAAGUCAGGAUAUCGUACAAAGGAGCAUCCUUGGCCACAUUCUUCCUGAAGCCAUGGUCUGCUACUUGGAAAACUACGAACCAGAAAAAUUUUCAGAGAUUUUCCUGGGAGAAUUUGACACACCAGAAGCAAUUUGGAGCAGUGAAAUGAGGCGUCUAAUGAUCGAGAAGAUUGCUGCCCAUCUUGCUGAUUUUUCUCCCCGUCUUCAGAGCAACACCCGAGCACUUUACCAGUACUGCCCCAUCCCUUCCAUCAACUACCCUCAGCUUGAGAAUGAACUCUUCUGUAACAUCUAUUACCUCAGACACCUUUGUGACACACAGAGAUUCCCAGACUGGCCCAUCAAAGAACCUGUGAAACUCCUCAAAGAUACUCUUGAAUCAUGGAAGAAGGAAGUGGAGAAGAAGCCACCUUCAAUGUCGGUAGAAGAUGCUUAUGAGGUUCUAAACCUUCCUAAGGGACAAGGACAACAUGAUGAGAGCAAAAUUAGAAAAGCUUACUUCAGAUUGGCACAAAAAUAUCACCCGGAUAAGAAUCCAGAAGGCAGGGAUAUGUUUGAGAAUGUGAAUAAAGCCUAUGAGUUCUUGUGCACAAAAUCAGGCAAAAUCAUGGACGGUCCAGACCCAGAGAAUAUAAUUCUUAUACUGAAAGCUCAAAGCAUCCUCUUCAACAGGCACAAAGAAGACCUGGAGCCUUACAAGUAUGCAGGCUACCCAAUGCUCAUCAAGACCCUCACCAUGGAAACUACAGACGACCAGCUCUUUUCCAAGACUUCCCCUCUUCUACCUGCAGCUGCUGAACUGGCUUUCCACACUGUAAAUUGCUCGGCUCUUAAUGCAGAGGAGCUGCGAAGGGAGAAUGGAAUAGAGGUGUUACAGGAGGCCCUGUCUCGGUGCGUAGCAGUACUCACCGCAUCAAGCAAACCAGACGAUAUGGCUGUCCAGGUGUGUGGGCACAUAUACAAGUGCUACAGCGUGGCUGCUCAGUUUGAGGAAUGCCGGGAGAAGAUUGUUGAACUUCCAAACAUUAUCCGGGACCUCUGCAGGGUGCUCUAUUAUGGAAAGAAAAUUCCGCGGAUGGCUACCUUGGCUGUAGAAUGUGUCAGCUCCUUCGCUGUGGAUUACUUUCUCCAGACUCACAUGUUCCAUGCUGGGGUCCUCUGGCAUCUCUUAGGCUAUCUCUUCAACUAUGAUUACACUCUGGAAGAAAGUGGCAUUCAGAAAUGCGAGGAUACCAACCAGCAGGAAGUGGCCAAUAGCCUUGCCAAGCUUAGCCUGGUUUCUUUGAGUCGACUGGGCGGUUACAUAUUAGAAGAGAAUGGCCCUCCUGAAAAUCCCACAGUACGGAAAAGCCUGGCUGCUAUGCUUACUCCCUACAUUGCCAGUAAAUUAUCUAAGAAUACACCACCUGAGGUUCUCAAGCUGCUUAACAGCAACUCUGAGAAUCCCUAUUUGAUCUGGAACAAUGGCACCAGAGCAGAAUUGCUGGAGUUCCUUGAAACUCAACAAGAGGGCAUCAUCAAAAGGGGAGAUUGUGAUGAGAGUUUUGGAGCAGAGUUUGUCUUCAGUGAGCAUGGUAAAGAACUGAUCGUGGGGGAGAUAUUUGUCAGGGUCUACAACGAACAACCUACAUUUCCAUUGGAGUUUCCAAAGACCUUUGCUGCCAGUCUUUUGGAUUACAUUGGGUCACAGGCCCAGUACCUCCACACUCUGAUGGCCAUGACCCAGACUGGGAAGGUGGAAUCGGAUCAACAUGGGGAAAGAUUACGCUGGGUGGAAAUGGCCCUGGAAGCUUUGAGAAACGUCAUUAAAAACAACCCAGGAUCGGAGACAGAAUGCAUGGGUCACUUUAAGUUGAUAUUCUCUCUACUAAGAGUCCACGGAGCUGGGAUGGUGCAACAGCUGUCGUUGGAGGUGGUCAACAUUGUCACAAGUAACAAGGAGUGUGUCAAUAAUAUUGCAGAGUCCUUGGUUCUUUCGAACCUUUUGCCCCUGCUGCAUUCACUGCCGUCAAGUCGACAGCUUGUCCUUGAAACUCUUUAUGCUUUAACAUCCAACACUAAGAUAAUAAAAGAAGCUAUGGCUAAAGGUGCACUGAUCUAUUUAUUGGACAUGUUCUGCAACUCCACUCACCCUCAGGUGCGCUCCCAGACUGCUGAGCUCUUUGCCAAAAUAACCUCAGACAAACUCAUUGGCCCCAAGGUGAGGCUCACACUGAUAAAGUUUCUCCCUGGUGUGUUCAUGGAUGCUAUGAGAGAUAACUCAGAGGCUGCUGUACAUAUCUUCGAAGGUACUCAUGAAAACCCAGAACUGAUCUGGAAUGACAACUCCAGGGAGAAGGUGUCUACCACUGUCAGAGAAAUGAUGCUAGAGCACUUUACACAACAAAGGGAUAAUCCAGAUGUCAACUGGAAGUUGCCCGAGGAGUUUACAGUGGCGUAUGGAUCUGCCCAAGGGGAGCUUUCAGUUGGAGGUGUCUUCCUGAGAAUCUUUAUCGCUCAGCCAGGAUGGGUCCUGAGGAAGCCACGGGAAUUCAUGGUUUCGCUAUUUGAAAAACUGACUGAGCUGCUAGGGAAAAAUAACCCAAAUAGUGAAACCUUAGAAACUGUUACAACAGCCACAGUGUGUCUCUUCAGUACUCAGACUCAGUUAGCAGAUCAGGUGCCACCCCUGGGCCACCUUCCCAAGAUCCUACAGGCCCUCAAUCACAAAAACAAUACCAUUCCAAAGAGCUCCAUCCGUAUCAUUCAUGCUCUCUCAGAUAAUGAGAUCUGCGUACGAGCAAUGGCAUCAUUGGAAACCAUUGGUCCCUUAAUGACUGGAAUGAAAGUCAGGUCAGACAUGGUCGGUUUGGCCUGUGAAGCACUGAAUCGGAUGUUCCAAAAAGAACAAACUGAUCUUGUAGCUCAGGCACUGAGGGUAGAAUUGGUACCCUACCUCCUGAAGCUGCUAGAAGGGAUUGGUCUAGAAACUCUGGAUAACCCUGCCGCCACCAAGGCACAGAUUGUAAAAGCACUGAAAUCAAUGACAUGCAGCCUGCAGUAUGGUGAACAGGUGAAUGAAAUCCUCUCUCGUUCCAAUGUCUGGAGUGCCUUUAAAGAUCAGAAACAUGACCUGUUCAUCUCAGAGACGCAAACUGCAGGGUACCUCACAGGUCCUGGAGUGGCAGGCUACCUUACUGCUGGGACUAAAUCAACAGUCAUGCCAAUUGUACCACCUCCUGUUGACAGUGAAAAUGGAGACCAGGGUUAACAGACAAAAGUGUGCCCAGUUUCAAGUCUUUUCAAGUCAGCUGAGAAACAGAAUAGCCUGAGGUGGAUUCUCCAAAACCAUCAGGAUCCUGUUCAGAGCAUUCUUGCCUUGUUUUUUUGUUGUGUUUUUGUUUCACACAAUAACAAAAGUGUUAUAAAUGUUUUGAAGUAUAUAUUUUUUAUUUGUGAGAAAAAUGUUAAGACAUGAUCCAGUGCUUUAGCAUUGUUAAAACGAUAGCGGCACUCUACGGACGCACAUAACAAGAUGAGUCUGCAAGCAUUUUUGUUGCUUGUUCAUCCAUAUCAGUUUACAAGACUGUGAAUCUGAUUUAUAAAUUGUUUUCCUAAUUUUUAUAAUGUUGUUUUACAGUGGUGUAUGAAAAAAAAAAAACAUAACUGGUGUUUAAUUGAAGUCUGCUAGAAAAGGAAAAGAAACAUCUGGUUACUAACUAGAUGGCAGUCUAAUGAUGCUGUGCAUAGCACAGUUUGUCUUAAGUCUUGUUGUUAUGUUAACUGUUCCUCCGAUCAAGUACUGUCCCUCUCUGCUCCUGCUGUCCCUUUCUGUCAGUCUUUCAUAUGAUUUUCCAGAUUGCAAACAACAGUAGAUAUUUGUAUGUAUAACUGCCAUUACCAACUUAAACAAGUGUCUGCAAAAAAAGGAACAAUAAUAUUGACUCACUAUAUGUAAGACUAGUGUAGUUGUGAAUUGUUCUAUAUAAUACUCCAUAUAUAAACUUUCUAUAUUGAAUGUACAUUAGGAAAAAAAAAAGAAUCAGACGCACUUGUACAUAAAAUUUUAAGAUUAAAUAAAGGGAAUCCACAG